AUGAUUGGACUGGAAUCUUUACUUGACCCCACAGAUACCUGGGAAAUUAUUGAGACUAUUGGAAAAGGAACAUAUGGUAAAGUCUAUAAGGUUACUAAUAAGAAGGAUGGCAGCCUGGCAGCAGUGAAGAUUCUAGAUCCUAUUAAUGACAUGGACGAGGAGAUUGAAGCAGAGUAUAAUAUCUUACAGUUUCUUCCUAAUCAUCCCAAUGUGGUUAAAUUUUAUGGAAUGUUUUACAAGGCAGAUCGAUAUGUGGGUGGACAGCUCUGGCUUGUUCUUGAGCUGUGUAAUGGAGGCUCUGUCACAGACCUUGUCAAAGGCCUACUGAAGAAUGCCCAAAAGUUGGAUGAAGCAAUAAUCUCAUACAUCUUAAGAGGUGCCCUUUUGGGUCUUCAACAUUUGCACAACAAUCGCAUCAUUCAUCGUGAUGUCAAGGGGAACAACAUUCUGCUGACAAUGGAAGGAGGAGUCAAGCUUGUGGACUUUGGUGUUUCUGCACAGCUCACCAGUACCAGGCUGAGGAGAAACACUUCAGUUGGGACACCAUUUUGGAUGGCUCCUGAGGUCAUUGCUUGUGAACAACAAUAUGACUAUUCUUAUGAUGCCCGUUGUGAUGUGUGGUCUCUUGGGAUCACGGCUAUUGAAUUUGGUGAUGGAGAUCCACCUUUGUUUGACAUGCAUCCUGUGAAGACCCUUUUUAAGAUCCCAAGGAAUCCCCCUCCAACGCUGUUCCAACCAGAAAAUUGGUCCAGAGGAUUCAACCACUUUAUUUCUCAGUGUCUAAUUAAGGAUUUUGAAAAACGUCCAUCGGUCACUCAUCUUUUAGAACAUCCCUUCAUACGACAGGCCCAUGGUAAAGAUAUGGCACUCCAAAAGCAGUUGAGCAACCUGAUUCAGGCACAACAAAAAUUAGGUUUUGUGGCCAAGACAAGGCAUGAACAAAUGCAUAAUCGCAGACCAUAUCAUGUUGAAGCUUCUGACAAAUAUUCUCCAGAUGAUGAUCUGGUAAACCUUGAAAUUUUGGACGAGGAUACAAUUAUUUAUCAGCUGAAGAAGCGAUAUGGAGAUUUACAAAUCUAUACUUAUGUUGGAGAUAUUUUAAUAGCAUUAAACCCCUUCCAAAAUCUCAGUAUAUAUUCUCCACAGUUUUCCAAGCUUUAUCAUGGUGUGAAGCGUUCCUCCAACCCACCCCACAUAUUUGCAACUGCAGAUGCUGCUUACCAAGGCAUGAUUACUUUUAAUAAAGACCAGUGCAUAAUCAUCAGUGGAGAAAGCGGCGCCGGGAAGACCGAAAGUGCCCAUCUCAUUGUGCAGCAUUUGACCUUCCUGGGAAAGGCAAACAAUCGUGCUUUGCGGGAGAAGAUCCUCCAAGUGAACCCUUUAGUCGAAGCAUUUGGGAAUGCCCACACUGCUAUCAAUGACAAUUCUAGCCGUUUUGGGAAAUACUUGGAAAUGAUGUUCACACCAACUGGAGCUGUAAUGGGAGCAAAGAUCUCAGAAUACCUGCUUGAAAAAUCCAGAGUUAUAAAACAAGCUUUAGGAGAGAAAAACUUCCAUAUAUUUUACUACAUUUAUGCUGGUCUUUAUCAUCAGAAGAAACUUUCUGAAUAUAAGCUCCCUGAGAAAAAGCCUCCCAGGUACAUUGCAAAUGACACAGGAAAGACGAUGCAUGAUAUUAUUAACAAAGAAUCCUAUGGUACUCAGUUUGAAGCAAUCCAGCAUUGCUUUCGGAUCAUAGGAUUUACUAAAGAGGAAGUGCAUUCAGUGUAUCGAAUUUUGGCUGGGAUCUUAAAUACAGGAAAUAUUGAAUUUGCUGCAAUUUCUUCACAGCACCAAACUGAUAAAAGUGAAGUGCCCAAUAUGGAAGCCUUAGAUAAUGCUGCUGCAUUACUGAGCAUUGGCUCAGAAGAACUUCAGGAGGCUCUCACCUCACAUUGUGUUGUCACACGAGGUGAGACCAUUAUUCGAACAAAUACUGUGGACAAAGCAGCUGAUGUACGAGAUGCCAUGUCAAAAGCUCUUUAUGGCCGACUCUUCAGCUGGAUUGUAAAUCGGAUUAAUAGCCUGCUGCAACCUGAUAAAAAUAUAUGCAAUGCUGAAAGUGGAAUGAAUGUUGGGAUAUUGGAUAUUUUUGGAUUUGAGAACUUUACAAGGAACUCAUUUGAACAGCUGUGCAUAAACAUUGCAAAUGAACAGAUCCAAUUUUAUUUCAAUCAGCACAUAUUUGCACUUGAGCAGAUGGAAUAUCAAAAUGAAGGGAUUGAUGCUGUCUUGGUUGAUUAUGAAGACAACAGACCACUCUUAGAUAUGUUUCUUCAGAAACCAAUGGGACUACUUUCUCUACUGGAUGAAGAAAGCCGAUUUCCCCAAGCAACAGACCUCACUUUAGUUGAUAAAUUUGAAGAUAAUCUGCGGUGCAAAUAUUUCUGGAGACCCAAACGAGUGGAGCUGUGUUUUGGCAUUCAUCAUUAUGCUGGAAAGGUUCAGUAUGAUGCUUAUGGCUUCCUUGAGAAGAACAGAGACACCCUUCCUGCUGACAUAAUGGUGGUAUUGAGGACUUCAGAGAACAAACUUCUUCAGCAGCUUUUUUCAAGCCCAUUGACCAAAACAGGUAACUUGGCUCAAACAAGGGUAAGAGUAACAGCUGCAUCCAGAUCUUUACCUCCACAGCUUGGGUCAGGUCGUAUUAAGAGUCCCAAGUAUCUCCUCAAAAUUGACACCAUGGAAAUUAUGAGGCAUCCUGAGGAAACCACCAACAUGAAGAGACAAACUGUGGCUUCCUAUUUCAGGUAUUCUCUGAUGGAUCUGCUAUCUAAAAUGGUGAUUGGGCAACCUCACUUUGUUCGCUGUAUUAAGCCCAAUGAUGACCGAGAGGCAUUGAAAUUUUCUCAAGAAAGAGUCUUAGUGCAGCUACGCUAUACUGGCAUUUUAGAGACCGUCAACAUACGUCAGCAAGGAUAUUCUCAUCGCAUUCAUUUUGAGGAGUUUGUAAAAAGAUAUUAUUACAUUGCUUUCAAAGCACAUGAGAACCCUUCUCCAAGCAAAGAAAACUGCAUUGCUAUUCUUCAAAAGGCCAAGUUAGACAAGUGGGCUCUUGGGAAAACAAAGGUUUUCCUGAAAUACUAUCAUGUUGAACAACUGAACUUGUAUCUGCGUGAAGUUAUAGGCAGGGUGGUGAUAAUGCAGGCUUAUACCAAAGGCUGGCUUGGAGCGAAAAGGUACAAAAAACUCAAACAGAAAAGAACCAACAGCGCUAUUACCAUUCAGUCAGCCUGGAGAGGAUAUGAUACUCGUAGGAAGUUCAAGGAUAUAAAGAACAAAAGAAAUGAUGCUGCUAUUCAUAUUCAAGCAGCUUUCAGAGGAUAUUUAACACGCAAAAAUUAUAGAAGAUGGAAGAACAGCAUUGACUAUGAAACAGAUGUGGAAUCAGUGGGUUUUGUUUCCAAUCUCAAAUAUGAAGAAAAUGG